UGCGAACGGCCCGGCGUUUGUACAUGAAUGCGUGGUCUAGUUCGAACACGGGCACUCUGCUGUGGGUCUACAUGUAACAACAUACAACGUGCACAACAGUUUGAGCAAAAUGGCGUCCAGCGAAUCUGGAGACGACUCCCUAUAUCCCAUUGCCGUUUUGAUCGAUGAAUUGAGAAAUGAAGACGUUCAGUUACGACUCAACAGCAUCAAGAAGCUGUCUACCAUAGCAUUGGCUCUUGGUGUGGAGAGGACUCGCAGUGAACUCAUACCUUUCCUAACAGAUACUAUUUAUGAUGAGGAUGAAGUGUUGCUGGCAUUGGCGGAACAGCUCGGGAAUUUUACUGCAUUGGUUGGUGGGCCAGAAUUUGUUCACUCUCUUUUGCCACCUUUGGAAAGUUUAGCUACUGUUGAGGAGACUGUUGUUCGUGACAAGGCUGUUGAGUCUUUACGGAAGCUGUCAGAUGAACACUCCUCGGCUGAUAUGGAAGCAUACUUCUACCCAUUGGUCAAAAGACUGUCUACUGGGGAUUGGUUCACAUCUCGCACAUCAGCUUGUGGUUUGUUCAGUGUGUGUUAUGCCAAGUGCUCUAACAACAUCAGGGCAGAGCUUCGCACCCAUUUCAGGAACUUGUGCUCUGAUGAAACCCCAAUGGUCAGACGGGCUGCAGCAAGUAAACUUGGAGAAUUUUCGAAAGCAGUGGAACUAGAAUAUCUCAAGUCGGAUGUCAUCCCAAUGUUUGUUAAUCUUGCUGCUGAUGAACAAGAUUCAGUUCGUCUGUUGGCUGUAGAGGCGUGUGUGAAUAUUGCUUCAUCAUUGUCACAUGAUGACACAGAAACACUUAUCAUGCCAACACUCAGGCAAUGUGCCGAAGAUAAGUCCUGGAGGGUGCGUUACAUGGUGGCAGACAAAUUCACUGAUCUGCAACAAGCUGUUGGACCAGAGAUCACCAAACAGGACUUAGUGGGUGCAUUUCAGAGCUUGCUUAAAGACUGUGAGGCUGAGGUUCGUGCAGCUAGUGCCCAUAAAGUGAAGGCGUUUUGUGAAAAUUUGGCACCAGACUCCAGAGAGCAGAUCAUCAUGACCAACAUUCUUCCAUGUGUUAAGGAAUUGGUGUCUGAUGCUAACCAACAUGUAAAGAGUGCAUUGGCAUCUGUUAUCAUGGGCCUGUCUCCAAUACUAGGCAAAGAAAAAACCAUCGAUCACCUGCUCCCUCUAUUCCUUGCUCAGUUGAAGGAUGAAUGUCCAGAGGUCCGUCUCAACAUCAUCAGCAACCUGGACUGUGUCAAUAAUGUCAUUGGUAUCAAACAGUUAUCACAGUCAUUACUACCUGCCAUUGUGGAACUUGCUGAAGAUACUAAAUGGCGUGUACGACUGGCCAUUAUUGAGUACAUGCCGCUACUGGCCGGCCAAUUGGGGGUGGAAUUCUUUGAUGAGAAACUCAACAGUCUUUGUAUGACAUGGCUUGUCGAUCAUGUGUUUGCCAUCAGAGAAGCAGCCACCAACAAUCUCAAGAAACUUGUGGAGAAAUUUGGGAUUGAUUGGGCCCAGAACACCGUUCUUCCGAAAGUGUUGGCCAUGUCUAGGGAUCAGAACUACCUUCAUAGAAUGACUUGUCUGUUCUGUAUCAAUGUGAUGGCUGAUGUGGUUGGCGCUGAGGUUACUAACAAGGUUCUGAUGCCCGUUGUUGCUACUUUGGCAUCUGACCAGGUUGCUAAUGUCAGGUUUAAUGUGGCUAAAACAUUACAGAAACUAGCCCCCAACUUAGAAAGUAGUUGUGUGCAGAGCCAGAUAAAACCCAUAUUGGAUAAAUUGAACGGAGAUUCUGAUGUGGAUGUCAAAUUCUUUGCCCAGGAAGCAAUUGCAGCCUGCUCCUAAAUCGGCCAGCUUCCGUGGAUAGUUUUUGUGCUUACUACUAGCUGGAUCUGUUGAGAUAAGACUCCCAAUUUGCACAAUGGCUGUUUGCUAUAGCUCAGAUAAGAUAAUCCUGCAGGUAACUUAUUGAAACAUGAUAUGUACUGUACAUGGUAUCGACUGUGUUAAUAUAGUGAAUGUAUUUGUGAGCAAUCAACCUGAUGACAUUUACUUUGUGAUUUUGCCUGUUAACAGUGGCGUAGCUAGGAUUUCACUUAUGGGGGCAUGAAGGGGGAACCAGCAUCUUGGGGGGCCUCAGCUUUCAGCAUUUUUUUGGGAGGGGGGGGGCCAAUUUUCGUUGGCCUUGUUCAAUAGCCAUUCAUUUGGUUUUUUAAUGGUACUGAACUACCGUUAUGUUAAGGUGCAGUUGCAGCCACAGUGUCAGAGGGAGGGGAAUAAGAAGCUGCCCCUAGACAAAAAUUAAAAAGUAAAAAGAUAGGAAAAGAAAAGCUGCAAAAGAAAUCAUAAAAACUUUACGGUGAUAAAAUCAUUAAUUUGCUGGGGGAAAAAACACAGCAAACCAAAAAAAAAACCAAAACAAAGGAUCAAACCCUGACCCCUUUCUACUAUACUUCCCCCAGACAUUUUGCCCAAAGAAAAAAGGGCCAUCUCUACCCUAGAACAAUUCCUGGCAAUGCCCAUUUGUAGAGUUUUCAAGAUUUUUUUAAAGGAACUCGCUGUAAAAUGGACUGUGACAAAGAGUUUCAUAUAAGGGCACUUGUCAAUCAUCUUGGCAGUACUUUGUCAUUUGCCCCAUGAACAUUAUGGAUGAUUUAUAAAGCAAAUUGUGAGACACACAAUUUGUUUUUAUGCCAGUGAAAAUAAUUUUUCUUGGACGUCUUGAUUGUAAUUUUUAAUGGUUUUCUUGGUAGUCAGAUGCAUUGCAUGGUCUUCAAGCGUGGUGGUUUACCCUUCAGAAUCAAUUUUACCUGCAGACAGGCUAUGUUGCACCACAUUUUGAAGCCUUAUGCCCAAACAAUCAGCUGUUCUUUGUCUUUAACAUUUCCAAUGUUUUUCUCACAUUCAACUGUACUCACCCCAGCUAUUAAUAAUGUGAUUCAUGAUUUUGUAUUGUGAUACCCUAUUGUGGCAUUUCAGUCAUGCAACUUUUGGAGCAUUUGUGCAUCGUUACACCCCUAACAGUGUCUAUUGAACAUAAAUUCACUCAAAAAAUAUGUAGUAAUUUGUUGGGUUGUUUUAUUUAAUCUUUGGAGAGUAUAUGUGAACUUAUUAUACUGACAGAUUAUUUUCCAUCAGUGUUGCUUUAUAAUGAAAGUUAAGGCUGCAAAAGUGAUACACAUGUUCGUGUAACUUAUUCUGAAUUAACUGCAAUGUAGAUUAUCUUUGAAGCAUAUAAAGUUGUCUGUUUGCUUGGUGAAUUCCAUCUGGUCAUAGUUCAACCCAUCUGAACAUUGAUUACCGUAAUUCAUCUACUCCCAACACACUAAUCGGCAGUGCCAUCUUACGAUUGACAAACACUACAUUGAACAGUGAACUUUUACAUAUUCAAUGUAACCAAAGACAGUAAUUCAAGAAUAAUGCAUACUCUUGGAACUGAGUUAUUUACACUAAGAUCGCUUGUGUGGUUUUCGUAUGUAUGUAGUGGGGUAUUUACCUCCUCAAAUGCCAAGAAAUGGAUUUGGUGGAAAUGCAGCUUUGUUCUUUACUUCAGCCAUUGCAUUGCUCUUGUGAGAAUACUGUGUGUUAAAACAGUUAUUUCUUAGGCAGAAACUGCACGGUAAAGUGUUUUAAUCAAACAAGUUGUCAGAUUUACUUUGGCUUUUUUACGUUAAUAGUUUUUACUAAUAAGCACUCUGACAGAACCAUUGUUUCACUGUGAAGGAAGCUUUCCAUAAACUACAAUAUAGCAUCCAUCUUAAUUGGUCCUACAACCCCUAUUAGCAUUGUGUGAAAAUGAUUUGCAGAACGCUAGUCUUAAACUGAUAUAUUUUGGAUUCACUACCAAGCCUCUUACUUGUGGAUUAAUUUCAAUUCUUAAUGAGUGAUCAUUUUGUAUUGUGCGUUCUCAUGAAAAAUCAGUGUCUGAUUAGACUAGACCAACAUACAGUGAGACACAAGCAAUGAGCCUGUGUAAGAUGUAGAUAUUGAAAAGGCUUGUCAUUGUGUUCCUUGAGUUGCUCUGGAAUGUCAAAGUGCAUUAACUGUACCGAAGUGUGUGGAAUUCUCAUUGAAUCGGUUUUAAGUAUUCAAACCGAAACCCAAGAAUAGCUGUUUCCUGUUGCAUCAUGAAAAAAAAAAGAGUUGAUGGAAAUUUCCCCCAAAGAAAAUUAAAAUGGGAUGAAUUUUCUCAAAGUGCGUUUCUGAAGCAGCUUAAAUUUGAAACGGGUAUACAUGUAGAAGAAAAAACAGUACCCUCACAGAAAAGUUUUUGGGGUGCUAAAAGAUUUCUGCUUUGUAUGAUUACUUGCAUGUUCAAACUUCAGGUAAAUAACCAGAAAUAGGUAUGGGUAGUUUUCUUAAGACCAUAGUCCAAAAGGGGCAACACUGCCUUAGUGAGUCAUUUGGUUGGGAUAGUUUAGAGUUUCAAAAGAUUGGCGCAGGAAGACGGUUUAUAGUGAAUUCUUUUCCUGUUUUUGCUAGGCUCCCUUUUUACUCAAAAAUCAUACAACUUCGUGUCAAGCACUCAUUCACAUCAGUGUCCAAAGCAUUGUCUCAAUAUUGAAUAACGGUAAUGAUGAAUGAAUAAGUUGGUUUUCCGUGUUGUAUUUGGUGUGAUGUACAUAGAAUGUAAACUCUGAGAAUAAAGGCCUCUCCUAAGCACCUACAUAAAUUGUACUUGCAUAUGACAUCUGGUUUGUUUUCCAUACCAUAAUACAAUGUAAAUUAGAAUUACUGUUAACUUGUACUCAGUGUUCAAUACAUUAUUAUUUCUUCUGUUUAAUAUACAUUAUUGGAGUUUUUACAUUUGGAUCAGUAUGUGAUCUUCACAACUAUUAUAGGCUUGAAGUUAAUUUGCAUAUGAAGAAUUUGUGAAUAUUGUUGCAAGUCCUAAAUGAAAUCAAGAGGUGAAUAUGUGUGAAUGCUACCUGACCAUUUGUUCUUGCUUAAAGUAGCUUGUCGCUGAGAGUCUAGUCAGCCCCAUCCAGAAUAUUGACACUGCUGACAUGUUACCCAGUUACAUUGUGUGAAACUAAUUAAAUCAAAAUUUGGUUCCUUUCAAGCUUUGUGUUUGAGUAGCAGCCCUAAAGUGUUUACAUGGCACCAAAGAGAAAAGUUACUAUUCUGUAGGUUUGGAUGCCAGAAACAUCACAUGAGCCAAAUAAACGUUGGAGUUUCUUUUAUGACCUCUUUAUUUAA